UCUCUCACCAACGAUUUCAUAAAGCAAUUUUUCGUGGGAAGUUGUGUGAAAGCGUGUGUGUAUGUGUAUGCGUGUGUGUGUAGGAAAAAAAAACAAACUCUUCUGAUGUCCGCGGUAUCAACAGCUCCAAUUAGCCAACCUUUAUACUCUGGGUUUGCGUUUCUCCCCGUUGUCCUCUGGCUGUCAAUCGCUGCAGGAUUUGUUGGGAGUUUUCGGAGCGCCUCUCUGCAUCUGUGAAGAUGCUGCUGUGCCUGCUGUUCUUCCUGCACGCCCACUCCUCGGCUCAGCGGUCGGAGCCCGUGUUCUCUGCUGUAACCAAGACCGUUCUCCGUCCGGACUACGAAAACAACCCCAGCCAGCUCAACUACGGCAUGGCUGUCACUGACGUGGACGGCGACGGAGACCUGGAGAUAUUUGUGGCUGGAUACAACGGUCCAAACCUGGUGCUGAAGUACGAUAAACAGAGAAAAGGGCUUGUCAACAUCGCCGUAGACGACCCGAGCUCCCCGUUCUAUGCGCUCAGGGAUCGUCAAGGCAAUGCCAUAGGAGUGACAGCGUGCGACAUAGACGGAGAUGGACGGGAGGAGAUUUAUGUCCUCAACACCAACAAUGCCUUCUCCGGUCGGGCGACCUACUCAGACAAACUGUUCAAGUUUCGCAACGGUCGCUUCGAGGACCUGCUGAACGACGAUAUAAACGAGCACCGGGACGUGGCCAACCCCAUGGCCGGGCGCUCUGUGGCCUGCAUAGACAGAAAGGGUACCGGCCGCUAUGCUAUCUAUAUCGCCAACUACGCCAGUGGAAACGUGGGACCUCACGCUCUCAUAGAGAUGGACGAGGUAGCCAGUGACCUCUCCGAGGGAGUCAUUGCCCUCUCCAAUGUUGCAGAGCAAGCUGGAGUUAACAAACUAAUUGGGGGGAGAGGCGUGGUGGUGGGGCCAAUUGUUAGUCAAACUCUAUCUGAUAUCUUCUGCGACAAUGAGUACGGAUCCAACUUCCUGUUCAGAAACAACGGCGAUGGAACUUUUACUGAUGUUGCGCAGCAGGCCGGAGUGGAGGACCCCAUGCAGCAUGGCAGAGGGGUGGCACUGGCAGAUUUUAACCGCGACGGCAGGACUGACAUCGUGUACGGGAACUGGAAUGGACCUCACCGCCUGUACAUACAGCUAAACAACCGCAAGCAGAAAUUUAAGGACAUUGCCUCCCAGAAGUUUUCCAUGCCAUCUCCGGUGCGGACAGUCAUUGUUGCUGACUUUGAUAAUGACAACGAGUUGGAGGUGUUCUUCAAUAACAUCGCCUACAGGGGACCCUCAGCCAACAGACUCUUUAGGGUGAGCAGGAGAGAACAUGCGGACCCCCAGAUAGAAGAGUUGAACAUUGGUGAGGCCGCAGAGCCUGAUGGACGAGGAACUGGAGCCAUAGCCACAGAUAUUGAUGGUGACGGCCGUCUGGAACUGGUGGUGUCUCAUGGCGAAAGCGCAGCACAGCCGCUCUCUGUCUACAGAGUCAAUCAGGGCCUCACUAACUCAUGGCUCCGAGUGAUUCCCCGAACCAAGUUUGGAGCUUUUGCCCGAGGAGCUAAAGUGGUUGUCUACACAAAGAAAAGUGGCCCACACACACGGAUUAUUGAUGGGGGCUCGGGGUAUCUGUGUGAGAUGGAACCUGUCGCUCACUUUGGUCUUGGUAGGGAUGUGGCCACAAAUGUUGAAGUGUACUGGCCAGAUGGGCGCUCAAUAGCCCGUCCUCUGGAGCCUUCAGAGAUCAACUCAGUGCUGGAGAUCCCCUACCCAAAAGAUGAGGAGGAAGUCACUCCUACUGUGGAAAUCGAGGUACAGGACACAACAUUAAGCUCUGGUUGAACUUGAUGGUUUAAGACAUAUAAUUGGCUAUUUUAGGAACAGCACAGUGACACUCUU